CUAUGUAGCAAGGUCCGUACACUUUACAGAGAUCAUGUGGACAAAAAGUAAGGAUAAAGUCAUCGAAUGGGAAGCAGGCUCUCCCGUCCACGUUUUCCCACCUUUUGUAGGUAGAGUUCGUUUAGACACCACGUCAGGAAGCCUUACCAUCUUCAAUCUGACAUCAUCGGAUGAAGCUGAGUAUAGAAUUGAAUCUCCGAGCUUUGGUGACAUCUUGUUUACUCUGAAUGUGAUUGAUCCUCUUCCAUCUCCAACACUAAAUUGCACCUCGACUGCUGAAGACAUUACAGUCCGUUGCAGGAUCCCGGAAUCUUACAACCACACAGAAUUUUUAAACUACUCAUGGAAUUGCUUUUCAACACUGUGUGAAAAUAGCUCCGAUCCGUCUGAAGUGUUGAUUAAGAAGAAAAAUGAUCUCUCACAGGAAAUACAGUGUAUUGUGAGCAACCCAUUGUCCAAACAGACAUCAUCGCUUGCUUUAGCAACCUGUGUCCCAAACAGUCAGUCAAGGCACAAUUUUGUGAUUAUACCAGCAGUAGUCCUCGUAGCAGGAGUGGCAUUUUUUUUGCUGUUUAGAAAAGGUUGUCUGAAAUGUGGCAGAAACACAGAGAGAACCGAGCCCAGUUGACCGGUACUACAAGAUGAAAUCAAAUGUAUAGCGACUAAGUUAUUUAAAUAAUGGAAAAAAAGCCAUCUGAUUUGCCAUUCAAGUUUAUGUCAUCUUCGAGGACAUUUUGGAAUUCUAAUCUGAAGUGGCCCUCCACCAGAAGGUUCUUUUUUGGCAGAAAUAUCAACUAACAACCAGCACCAGUAUCUACCCUAUCCCUGCUGUGAUCUAUGACUAGAUACUGUAGAUGACUUUUG